GAAUCGGAGGCAGUUUUAACCGACGGGCGCCGAGGAAUCCUGGGAGAGACGGUGAAAAGACAACGAACAACAAUAAAAAAGUGAACCAAUUGGUGUUUUAAAGCGAAAACUACCAGACAAACAUGGAUUUGGACUCAAUGAAAUAUAUGGAGCUGCGAAGCCUUGCGAAAGAGCUGGGGCUGAAGGCAAACAUGAAGGCCGAUAAGCUCCUGAAAGCCAUUAAACAACGCUAUGAACAAGACAAGAAAAAAGACGAGAAAGCGCAGGGACAAGAGAGAGAUAAUGUCCAAGAAGAUGAAAGUGCAGCUUUUGACAGCGUCCAGGAGAAUCAAGAUGAUGCUGACCAGCACAAAGCUCCCAGAACCGCCGUGUUUGUGAACACACGUCGCGGUAGAGGAACCUGUACCAAGAGAAAGAUGACUGAUGCUGCUGAGGCAGAUGACCCAGCUGAAUCAUGUAACCCACCAUGCAGUGCAGGGGGUAGGAAGAAGUCAAAGCUGUCCCCUGAUAAAGACUCUGAAAUGACUAAGCUGGAGCCCAAGUCUGCUGGUAGUGACCAGCAGCAACCUGACUCCAAGGAUGAAACUCCUGUGCAUGCUAAAACAGAAAAGGUACCAAAAGUUGUGAAGCGUAGCAAGAUCCCUCGUAACCAAGGGUUCCAGCAGAAGAGCAAGACGUUGUUAAAGCCUACCACUCCUAACUUUAAAAAGCUCCACGAGGCCCAGUUCAACAAGAUGGAGUCCAUUGACAACUACGUUCAGAGGAAGACGAAGCAGAUAGAGACCUACAAAAAUCCAGUCAAAGACCUGAAGAAGAAUUUGGCUCUUGCCACAAUGUUCAGUCCAAUCCCAGUCAGCAAGACGCCAGCUGAAGAAAAGCGUCGACACACUUUGCUCUCAGCCAGUAAAGUUCCAUCAAAAAAACUUGCUGGAAAAGAAGAUGGUCCAUUCAGACCCUCUGUCCUUUCUACUCGCAAGAUCAAUGUCCGAUUCUCAGAAGCUACACUUGAUAAUGAGUUCAAGAGAUCCCUGGUGAAGACACCAGCACGGAUGUCACCCUGCAUCAGUGCCAGUACUCCACAGAAACAGGCUGCAGAUGCAGGAAAGCCUGCCAUUUUCAGGCCUAAUGGAUUCUCUGCCCAGAACACUCCAGGGCCGUUUGUUUUCACUGGCAACAUGAGCGCUUUAGCAACCCCUGGAACACAAAAGAAACCAGCCUUCAAUCUGCAGGCCAGUCUGUCGCGUCCCCUCCCAUAUAAACCUCAUAAAGGUAAACUGAAACCUUUCGGAGAGGUCAAGGAAAACGCAGCAGCAAACAAGUCUGUGAUCUCCAAUCCUCACCAAGAAAGUUACAAACAGCACAAAAUCCAAUCAAGGGUGGACCGGAGAACCAAACAAAUGGAAAACCGGAAACAGAAAAAAGAAAGCAUGCUCGGAGCGAGGAGAGGACUUCAAAUGAUGUAGAUUGGAUGUGCUUCUGGGAAACCUUGUUUCAGUGUAAAUAUUUUGACAUGGUAGGAAAGUAGAAGAGCUCCGAUAUUUUAUCCAACUUGCUUUGCUGGGUUUGUAGAAAUGUUUUUUUGUUUGUUUUUUUUUUACUGCUGCAUUUUUAUCAAGCAGAAACUUGUUUAAAACACUUUAGCUGUUUAUUGUGUUGUUUUUAUAUGCUUCUAAAUAGAAAACAUUUGAUGUGUCCAAAAAAUUUGACCUGUUUGAUGUAUAAGCACCUUUCUUAAGUGUGAUCAUUUAUUAUUCAAUUUUAUAAUAAAAUUCCAAAUCAA